AUAACAAAGUUUCAUUAGUCUGUUGCCAUGGAGACGUUUCCAGGCUCCACAAAUGAAGCUCACCCAGAACUUUUCAACAUUAAUGCCAUGCCAGAGCAGCCAAAGGAGAAGAAACCAGGACAGCUGUCUAAAGAAGAAGUCGAACAUUUUUUCAGAGAGGGUUAUUUGAUAGUGGAGGAGUUUUUCCAGCCAGAGGAACUAAAUGCAUGCCGAGAAGCCAUCAAAUUGCUUGUCGAUGAUCUGGUUGUCAAGCUGUUUAACGCGGGAAAAAUCACAAAGCUGUACAAAGAGUAUGGACUAUUCGAAAGACUCACCGAGAUUGAGAAAGAAUGUCCAGGUGCAAACAUCAUGUUACAUAAAAUAGGUUCUAUGCCACAGGCUCUCCGUGACAUUUGGUCAAACGACAGACUGUUAAAUAUAAUCGAACAGCUGAUUGGACCAGAUAUAAUGGGUCACCCUGUGUGGAACCUCAGAACUAAAACUCCCCAGAACGAGGCUACAACUGUGCCCUGGCAUCAAGAUGUUGGAUACUUGGACAACAACUCUUACAAGGUCCUACAACCGACUGCUUGGAUCCCAUUACUAGAUGCCAACGAAGUAAAUGGAUGUUUGCAGUUGGCAGUAAAAGGUCACAAGACCGGAAGGGUGGGUACGCAUCAAUGUUGCUAUGGUGGCACGUGGUAUGUGAUGCUGGAGGAGGAAGAAAUGAGAAAAAAAUUAGAUAUUGACACUGAAAAAGAUUUCAAGAUAUGCCCCAUAAAUUACGGUGGCAUGUUACUGUUCAACAACUUAGUGCCACAUCGGAGUUUACCAAAUCUAUCAAAGUCGAUUCGUUGGAGUUUAGACCUUCGUUGGCAGAGACCAAGUGAACCUGUGGGUUUCUAUGGACUGAAAGAGGGAAUUCUAAUGAGGUCUUCCAAAGAUCCCAACAUGAAGAUUGACUGGGAGUCAUUCGACGCCAUUAACCGACAUGAUAAACAAACGUCUGCAAUGACUGGCAAGGAAGAAAUUGAUGAGUUUGAUACAACCAUUCAAGGGCCAUGGAUGAAGAAAUGGGAAAUUGUGCAUGUGAAUCGACAUGUAGAAAGACACAGAGAAAUGGAAGACCAGCCAGAAACUUGGACGAAGGCAUAAUUCUCAGCAACACCAUGCCAGCUGCCUGGUGCAUAGGUAGAGAGUCAUCAUUUUCAUUUUGUUUUGUUCCAAACGUCCAUUUUGUCUUCUACAUAUGCAAGCAAGGGUCUCUUCGCAGAUUCCAUUGUUUUAAAUGGAUAAUUUUUGGCAUGUGGAUAUCAUACUAUACCUUAAAACUAGACACGCAGAAUUCAUGAUCUGAACACACAGCAUGAUAAUCAUAAUAGAUAUCAUAUAAGGUGGUUUUUGUUCCAUAAGAUAUCUAUUCUAACAAAUAUCUAUUAAAAAAAAAAGAUUAUUACAUUUAGAUUUAUAUGUCCAAUUAUGGAAGCUCAUCUUCCUAGAGAACAUCUUUUUUGUGUGAAAAACUACAUUGUAUAUACCAUAUUAGUAAUUAAAUUUUUGUCUGGUUUAUUUCGCAUGACUAAAAAAAAUCCACAUGUGUCUAUACUGGUAUUGGUGUACUGGUAUUGAAUAUACUGAUGUAAAAAUAUUGAAUAUGCUGAUAUAAGAAUACAAUAUAUUGUGAUGUUUUUUUUCUUGUAUGCAGAUAUGCAGCAUAUUAUUAAUCAGAUUAUGUAAAAUAGUGUAUUCCCUGUAUAUGAUGCAUUAUAUUCUGUUAUACUAUGUUAUACAUUCAUUGGAUUAAAGAAAUAUAUAAUAUACAGAUGUUUUAGAAGUUGCAAAUACCCGGUAAUAUAUUUACAUGAAUGCACUACUUUUAUAAAGUCUUGGCUCUUCUUGGAUUUUAUACAAUUUAAAAAUAUCAUUUGAAAGAGUUUUUGAAUGAUUUUAUUUCAUGUAGAACAUUAUGUAUUACAGACAGUGUAAAUAAAUCUUAAUAGGCCUAGAGUACCGAGAUCAGAAGGAUGACAGAUAUAUAGUCCACUUCUCAACAAUAACAGCCUUAGUCUGUAGAAUAAAAAAAAUCACAAGGUAUACAUCAGUAAUUGUAAUACAUGUACUGUAAAAUGGUUGAUUUUAAUUUACAGCAAACAUACUGACAUGGAUGUGAUAGAUUGGAGCAAUUUUCAAAUUUUUCAUUAGAGAUAAAUUUCUAAAUGUAUUUUGUUCAGGAAAGUGAGUUAAUAUUGUUAUUCAUGUAUAAAUUAUAGAUGUACAAUAUUGCUCAAACUAUGUAACUAAAUUUUUGCAGAUAAGCUUUUUGUGCCGUUUGUUUUCAAAAGCAGAAUGUACAUUAGAUUUGAAGCAAAAAGAUCAAAUUGGAAACCAAACAUUCUUAAACUUCAUGCGACCCCUAGAGAUGCUAUCACUUAAAAUCAUAGCUGUGUGCUAAAACUGAUAGUCAGUUUGCAGGUCAAAAACAAUAACUUUAUAAAUAUGUUCUAUGUCAUGUUAGAAUAUUUAUGACAUUUCAUAUUCAAUUUACUUAAUAUAGCUUGAGUAUUUCUGACGUUUUGUCAGUGCAUACUUGCCAUUCGGAAAUGCAUCUUGUUUGUUAUAUAAAACAUCCAGUAUU